AUGGAAUGUUUCUAUGGUUCUAACUUUACAUACUUUUCAUGUCAAUCUGGUAGUACUGUCAAUUUUUCAUUAGACGUUAAUAGUGGUACGUGCUUUCGUUGGACUGUGCGCGAUAUGACAAUAUCGGAUUUCACAACACAAAUUGGCGUUAGUGCUGGUUUAUUGACUGCUUUUGGCUCUAUUGUUCAAAGCAUCCUACGUCUAUUACUCCUUGCAUUUCAACCUCGCUUUGGAGUAGCAGCUGAGCUUGAGGAACUUAAAAAGAAAACUACAUUUAGUGAGAAGGAAAUUCGAGAAUGGUACGCAGGUUUUAUGCAUGAUUGUCCAGACGGUGAGCUCGACAAGAAAACAUUUACUCGUAUCUUCAAACAAUUUUAUCUACACGAUGAUAAUAAAGCGGAUUCAUUCUGCAACUAUGUAUUUGAAAUGUUUGAUGAAGAUGGUAAUAAGACGAUGAGCUUCAAGGAAUUUCUUCUGGCUAUUUGUCCUUCAACCCAAGGUGAAUUGAAAAAACGAUUGGAACUCGUCUUCGAUAUGUAA